AUGUCUUCAUCCAGCAGUCUCCUGUCUGAAGAGCAGUUCCUGUGCUCUAUCUGUCUGGAUGUGUUCACUGAGCCAGUCACCACUUCAUGUGGACACAACUUCUGCAUGGCCUGUAUCACAAAGUACUGGGAUAGAAAGGACSUGUGUCAAUGUCCACUGUGUCAGGAGAAGUUCUACAGACGACCUAAGCUUCGUAUCAACACAACUUUCAGAGAGGUUGUAGAGAAUUUAAAAAAGAUGAGAGACAAAGGUAGAGAUGGGCCCCCUCCCAAACCUGGAAAAGUUGCCUGUGACGUUUGCACUGGGACGAAGCGCAAGGCCCUGAAGUCCUGCCUGGUGUGUCUGGCUUCCUACUGUGAGACUCACCUGGAUCCUCAUCAGAUAGCCCCACCCUUAAAGAGACACAAACUGAUCGACCCUGUGGAGAACCUAGAAGACAGGAUGUGUAAGAAGCAUGACAGACUCCUGGAGCUUUUCUGUAGGACUGACCAGACAUAUGUGUGUCAGUUCUGCACUGAGGCAGACCACAAGACUCAUGAAACUGUCCCUAUAGAGGAAGAGUGUGGAAAGAGGAAGGCUCAGCUGGGGAAAACUGAGGCAGAAAUGCAGCAGAUUAUCAAUGGGCGACUGAAGAAGGUUAAAAAGAUCAGACUCUCAGUAGAUCUCAGCAAGAGAGAUGCAGAGASAGAGAUAGMAAAGAGCGUGCAGGUCUUCACUGCUCUGGUGCRCUCCAUUAAGAAAAGCCAGGYUGAGCUKRUUSAGGURAUURAGGAGAAGCAGAAAGCAGYASAGAGGCAGGCUGAAGGGUUCAUUAAAGAACUGGAGCAGGAAAUCACUGAGCUAAAGAGGAGAAGCACUGAUCUGAAGCAGCUCUCACACACUGAGGACCCCUUCCAACUUCUCCAGAGCUUCAUAUCCCUAGCGUACAAACGUCCACCCACCAAGGCCUGGUCUGAGAUCAGUGAUCACAGUGAUCUGUGUGUGGGGACUGUGAGGAGAGCUGUGUCUCACCUGGAGGAGACACUGAAUAAAGAGAUGGAGAAGCUGCCUGAAGUCAAACUGAAGAGGAUUCAGCAGUAUGCAGUGGAUGUGACUCUGGACCCUGAUACAGCAAACCCCUGGCUCAUCCUGACCAUUCACAGUUGA